AUGCUUAAUAUUCCAAUCGAAAAAGGGAAAAAGUUUGGGUUAAAUGUGGUGGAUAGUGACAACCAUGUAUAUGUAACUCAUAUAGACGAAGGUUCUAUGUGUACUAGUUAUUUGAGAAAGUUUGACAGAAUCUGUGAUGUGGACGGAACGCGUGUCACCGAUAAAGAACUAACAAAACGACAAAUUAUCAAAGGAUUAAAGGAAAAUCACAGGGCAACUAUAGUGGUUGAACGGCCAGCUAACGAAGAAAGGACCGCACAAGUAAAGCGAAUGCUGGAAUCAAUCGAGAACAAACCGCCAUCAGUUGUCCUUGAAGCGGAUGUAAAAGAUAUCUUGAAUCGAUACAGUUCAAAGCUCAAAACCAAUAGCUCACUGAAGCCGAGGUGUGCUCUUUCAAAGUCAAAUCGGACAAAGGUUCGCCAUAAAGUUCAUCUGAAUGACAAACAGAUGGAGACCGUCAACAUUGGAAUGGAUAACGAACAUCUGCAAGAAGAUCUGAUAAAAGUUCCUGAGAAGACAUACGAGACGUCAUUGGCGAAUCUCCAAAAGCAGCCUCAAGGAGCAGACUGA